AUGGAGUCUCCGACACUAGAAGAGGCUCUAGAUACCCCAGAAACAGUAGACGACGCUGAUCCCGGCCCCGUCGAUCCAGAACCAGGCCCAAACGCAAAGUCUGAAGAGGCCGGCGCCGACGAGGACGAGGAUUGGGACGUCGAAAUGGACUUGGGAAAGACUGGAGGUGCUAAAGCAAUCCCAAGCCCACCUAUCAAUGCAUCUAGCGCAGCCUGGCACGCGUCCAUGAGCGCAGCCACUAGUGCUUUUACGGGCACCAUCACCAGGCUCGGCGCUGGACCAAAGUCGGACGUGGAAGAAUGUUGGGACGAGUUUGAUAUUGACCUCAACUCGUCCGAGGAGACGCCAACUGUCGGUUCAACAUUGGUGCCACAUACAAAGAUUGCAGCAGACCUCUCCGACUGGGAUGACGACGAUGAUGAUGAAGCAAUUUCAACUAUCAAAGUCGCAUCUGGUCAGCUGUCUUUCCCCAGUGUGCCGACCUCAUCGACGCCACCACGAAAGGCGCAACCGAUACCCGACGAUGAAGACUUUGAGCAAGACUUUUCGCUUCCCGACGAUCUUGCUCAUCUCUCCCUCCGUCCGCUCAGACACCGUUCAAGCAAGACCAAUCUCGACGGUUGGGGCGACCAGACGUCCUCAUCCACCGCCUAUUCAUCCGAAGCUUCCUCUUUUGGCGUUGGAACAAACGAGUCACCUUCGUCAAACUCUGUGUCAUUGUACUCGCAAGGCGCAGAGACGGACGACGACGACGACGAGAAGGGUCUGUUCGGGACAGAUGAAAACGAUGGAAAGCUAUUGCACAAGCUCAUUGAAAAGAGAAAGCAACAAGCAGCGACCGAAAUCGUCGCCGUGGCCUCGCCACAUGAAGAGGAUGAUUUCGAGAGUGGUCUGGUGAUCGACGACGAUGUCGAUUUCAACCUCUCCAAAGCCAUCAAACAUCGUCACUCCUCGUCUGCUUCUCGCUCUCUCAAGGGACUAUCAAUGCAAGCCAGCCCUCGCCUCCAACCAGCAGAGGAAAAUCCUGCACCGUCUGGCUCCCAAAGUCUGACCAAUAGCCCCGAAACUCCUCGAGAUCCAGUCCACGAAUACAAGUCGCCUCUCUCGAGAAGUUUUGCUUCCGUCGCGCGAGCCGCCUCUCCGCGGCCUUCUGGCGCAAGCUCUCCCGCCCCUUCCCGCCCGCCUCUGAGGGAGAGUCGAGCUUCAUUUCAUGGGGCUUCACGCCCAAUCAUCUCCCCACCCUCCAGCUUUUCGUCGCUAUCACGAGACCCUCUGCGACGGCAGAGUUCUGCUGGAAAGUUACAAACAUCCCUAUCGAUCAUCGACGUUCAUACUGCCCCAUCCCCUACUGGGGAUUCCCUUCGCGUCACACUCAAGCGACCCUCCCCAAAUAGUGAGGCAGUCUCACCUCAGUUCACGAGGCGGAUACCGCCCGCCCCAGUCUCAAGUCCCAUCGGGAGAUACAACAGUGCCCGAUCACGAUCGAUGAACUCGCCUCUUAGUCCAGCCACCAUGAUGUCGCUGUCUUCCUCUGCCUCGCGGUUGCAGCAAUCUCCUCACCUUGUCCCGCCAACGCCUCCUGGAACGCCCAGCUCGAAUCCAAUUGCACUGAGGUUGACAACGUCCACCUCGAGCUCGCGAGCCAAGUCGCGACCGGCGCUCACGUCAAUUUUUCCCGGAGCGUCGAUGAGCAGUAGCGGUUCACAAGGCGUACCCAGACCCACGUCGUUUGCAGCUGCCGUCAAGUCACCUGUUCGAUCGCCUCUGAGUACGCCGAGUACGCCUCAGACGCCCAAGGCAUCCACGUCUUCGUCGCCUAUUCGUCAUCGCGCGACACCCAUGUCCAGGUCUUCGACUGUUAGUGCUGUGGCGGCAAGUGUGCCACAGCCUUUGCAAGCCAAGAUUCUCAAGCGCCCCAAGCGGUUGAGAAUCUAUGGGGAUGGGACCGAGUUGGAUGGGAUUGAAGACUUGCCAACAGACAAGGACAGAGUGCUGAGGAGAAACUCUGGUGCGACGAAACCAGAAGAAGGUGAUUCGACUGGCGCUCGCCUUUCGCGCCGUCGAGCUGAUUUGACGUCGAACCGCGCGUCGGUCUCGUCGUCGGCGACUGCAACGCCGUCUCUCGGACAGCUUCCUCUUUCUCCCAUGAAUUCUCCCAAGACGGAGAAGAGGCGCUCCAUUAAUAGUCUACCGCUCAAGCGAAGACCAAUGCUGAUUCGAAACUUGAAUGGCGUUGGCGCUCCGAAAGUCGUUGGCCAAAUGCGAUGGAACCCCCAAACUUUACGAUGGGAGGGUAACGACCAGGAGCUUCGAGCAUUUGAGAAUGCUAUUGGCUCCUCUACUCGUCCGGCUCUGAUCACCAAGCUUUCUGGUGCGGCACUCGGGUCGCCUGUUCAGUCUGGCUCUGGCAUGGAUGGAGCGCGGGUUGUCGGCAACAUGCUGUUUGAUCCAGUAGAAAUGCGCUGGGUCAGUCAAUUGCCUCCGGAAGAGGAAGAACCAGACGUCUUUGCCGAUCUCGCCGACGACGAAGAGGAGGACCUCGGCUCUUGGAGCAAGAAUAAGGGCGGCACGAUUCGUGCGACCGGAGGAUUACUUGCUAGCAUUCGUGUCGCACCAGCAUCCCCUGACAGGUCCACAUCUGAUGGAGUCAAUACCUCUCAGAACAAUAUCAUGCUUCUUACGUCACCCUUGAGUGACGGCAACCCCAGCCCGGCGCGCUCAAGUUAUUCAAGAGGAGAAUCCGAGAUGGAUAUUUCAGUCGAUGGGGCUAGUAGCGAUGGUGGAGACGGCAUUACGCAAACCUUUAUCGACGACACAAUGCAAGCGGAAGCAAGACACCGAACCGAGAUGGUCGGAUGGCUCGUCGAUUCGAUUCAAGAAGAUGCGUCAAAUGCAAAUCUGUCGCCUGAAGCCGUGCCGUUUCCAGCCAGGUCGCCGGUUCAGGAGGUCGGGCGCUAUGAUAGGGCAUACCUCUAUGACCUUCGCGCAAUCGCAAUACGGUCAAAGGCGUCGUCUGCAUAA